AUGAGCGCCCGCGACUUCGUUGAAGGAGAGGCUAUGCUGGAUGAUGAUGAAAAUGAGGAGGAGCUUCCCGAUGACUAUGAAGGGAGAGCUCGCGAGGGUGCGGGUACCUCGAAUCACUACAACGACUCGAGUGAAGAAGACGAAGACGAGGAUGAUGAUGAAGAAGCCGCCCGCGCAGUCCGCGAGGGUUUCAUCGUCGACGAAGACGAAGAGCUCGAAGACCGCGCCGAGCGGCGGCGGGAGCGAAAGAAACGUCGCAGAGAAGAACGUGAGCGCGAGGAUGAGCAUCUGGACGAUGAAGAUUUGGAGCUCAUCGGGGAGCUAGACCCGGGGCGCCCACCCCCGGCCGCCCCCGAGUCUAAAUUCAAGCGACUAAAGCGUGGCCAUAAAGACCGUGACUCUCGACAACCAUCCCAAGGUAUCAAUGAUAUCUUCAACUCGGAUGACGAAGAGGAACCGGCGGGCGACUAUGGCAGGCCCGGUCAUCGGAGGCCCAUGCACGAUGAAAUGGACGACUUCAUCGAAGAAGAUGUUUUCUCGGACGAGGAGGGCCAGCGGGAGCAGGAGGAUUUGGAAAUCGCCCGCCCCAAGACCUUCAUGUCUAACCUGGGCACCACCGAUGCAACGGGCUUGGAUCCGAAUGCCCUCGAGGAUAUGCGCGCCGCCUUCGGAGACGGAGAUGACUACUACUUCGCCCUGGCCAUGGAAGACCAGGAGCAGGAGCAGGAGGUGGAUGAAGAAAAACAUCUGGAUCUGAAGGAUGUUUUCGAACCGUCGCAGCUGGCCGAAAAAAUGUUGACUGAGGAGGAUAACCAAAUUCGUUUGCUGGAUGAACCCGAACGACACCAGAUUGCCCGCAAGCCCUACCGAGACGUCGCUUUGACCGAGGAGCAAUUCCGCGAGGAGGCCGCCUGGAUCUCGAACCUCAUGCUUUUGAAAAAGCGCAUCGAACCCGAGCUCCGGGAGCCGUUCCAACGCUCGGUCGCCAAGGUUUUGGAGUUCUUGGUGACGGACGACUGGGAGGUUCCCUUCAUCUUCCAGCACCGCAAAGACUACAUGAUUCAUGCCGUCAAGGUUCCCGUGGACGGCGCCGGUUACGACGCCGAUGCUUCGCAGUACACCACCAAGGCGGAAAAGCUGCUGAACAUGACGGACCUUUGGGAUAUCUUCGAUCAUGACCUCAAGUUCAAGGCGCUCGUGGACAAACGCAACACGAUCCAGAAGGCCUAUGACAACGUGCAGAGUCUGUUCCAAGUCAACGACCCGGUGGUAGACGAGAUGCUUCCGGCCGCCGUGACCAUGGAGGAGCUCCAAGAUGUGCAGGACUACAUUCAUUUCCAAUAUGCAUCCCAUCUACGGGACAUGGCUUUGACGAACGGCGAGGCCAAUGGCGAAACGCAGCGGCGGAAGGCUUCGAGCAAGACUUUCUUCGAGCGUGUCCGGAACGGAAAGGCCUACGGAUUGGUGCGUGCCUUUGGAAUUUCUGCAGAUGCGUUCGCACAGAAUGCUCUCAAAGAGGGCCGCCGACAAUACACCGAAGACCCGACCGAGCGCCCCGACGAUAUGGCCGACGGACUAGUGGACAACGACUUCUCCAAUUCGUCUCACGUUCUGAAAGCGGCCAAGACCAUGUUCGCCGAAGAGAUCGUUGUGAGCCCCAAGAUGCGUAAGGUGAUCCGACAGGCCUACUACAUGAACGGCGCCGUCGAUUGCUUCCGAACUGAGAAAGGUUUGCGGCGCAUUGAUGAGCAGCAUCCGUACUACGAGUUCAAGUAUCUGCGCAACCAGCAGCUCAGCGAUAUCGCCCGCCGCCCGGAGCUGUACCUCCGCAUGCUCAAGGCCGAAGAGGAAGGCCUCGUGGAGGUGAAGGUUCGUUUCGAGAACUUCGACCAUUUCCGGCAACGCCUGUACCCCGACAUCGAGUCGGAUAACUAUAGUGAACUCGCGGACGCUUGGAACCGCGCUCGCCGUGACGUGCUGGACCUGGCCCUGGGGAAGUUGGAACGGUUGAUCAACCGCAGCGUGAAAGAGAACAUCCGUCAAGAAUGCGAAAACCAUGUGGCAAAGGAGUGCCGCGAGGCAUUCUCCCAACGGCUGGAUCAAGCCCCUUAUAAGCCCAAGGGCAUGGUGCUGGGUACCGUUCCUCGGGUCUUGACUCUCUCUACAGGAUCGGGCAUCGUCGGACGAGAACCGAUCCAUUGGGCCUACGUGGAGGAAGACGGUCGCGUGCUAGAGAACGGAAGAUUUACGGAUCUAUCGAUUGGCGACCGCGAUCGCAACAUCCCCGACAGCAAAGAUGUCGACGGCUUUGACGAACUCGUGCGUCGACGCCGACCCGACGUCAUCGGUGUGUCCGGAAGUUCUCCGGAGACUCGCCGGCUUUACAAGCUUCUGACCGACGUUGUCGAUAAGAAGGAUCUGCGCGGUGCUCCGUACACCGACGACCGAGACGACGAGGUCAGCGAUCGAUUGGAGGUCGUCAUUGUCAACGACGAGGUGGCGCGACUUUACCAGCACAGCGAGCGGGCCAAGAAGGAUCAUCCGAGCUUCGCACCCUUGUCACACUACUGUGUCGCAUUGGCUAAGUACCUGCAGAAUCCGUUGAAGGAGUAUGCGUCCUUGGGGCGAGACAUCGUGUCCAUUCAGUUCAAGCCGGGGCAGCAGCUGGUCAGUCAAGAAUUGCUUCUUAAGCAGUUGGAGACGGCGCUGGUCGAUAUGGUGAACCUGGUGGGCGUGGAUAUCAACGAAGCUGUCGCUGACACGGCGACUGCCAAUCUUCUCCCAUACGUUUGUGGCCUGGGCCCGCGGAAGGCAGCCCAUCUGCUCAAGAUCGUCAACAUGAACGGCGGCGUUGUGAACAACCGCGUAGAGCUCCUGGGUGUGAAUGCGCAGUAUCCAGCUAUGGGCGUGAAGGUGUGGAACAACUGUGCCAGUUUCCUGUACAUCGACUUUGAAAACGCUGACCCGGAUGCCGACCCGCUGGACAACACUCGAGUUCACCCGGAGGACUACGAUAUUGCGCGAAAGAUGGCGGCCGAUGCUCUGGAGUUGGAUGAAGAGGAUAUCAAGGCGGAGACGGACGAGAACGGACCGGGCGCCAUCGUGCGGAAGUUGUUCCGCGAGGAGGCGCAAGACCGAGUGAACGACCUGAUUCUGGAAGAGUACGCCGAGCAGCUGGAGAAGAACCUCAACCAGCGCAAACGAGCCACCCUUGAGACGAUCCGUGCCGAGCUUCAGCAACCGUACGAGGAGCUGCGCAAGCAGUAUGUCUUCCUCAGCACGGAUGACAUCUUCACCAUGCUCACGGGUGAGACGGUGGACACGUUGGCCGAGGGCAUGGUGGUGCCCAUCUCCAUCAAGCGCGUGUCGGACGACCACAUCGACGGUAAGCUGGACUGCGGCAUCGACGCCCUCGUGCCCGAGUCGGAGCUCACGGAUCGAUACGACAUCCCGGUGCGGGCCCUGUACGCGCCACACCAGACCGUGCCGGCCAAGGUGCUGUUCCUCAACCGGAAGAGCUUUACCUGCAACGUCUCGCUGCGCGAGGAGCAGGUCAGCCGACCGGUGGGCAAGGUUCAAGAUCGCCUGCAGGGCGAAUGGGACGAGCGACAAGAACACCAGGAUCGUGAGGCGAUGCAGGAGAAGACCCAGAGCGGCGGGCGAGCCAUGCGUGUCAUCAAGCACCCGUUGUUCCGGCCUUUCAACUCCACGCAGGCCGUAGAAUUCCUCGGGUCGCAGAGCCGCGGUGACGUGGUGAUCCGGCCUUCCUCGAAGGGUCCCGACCACUUGGCGGUAACGUGGAAGGUCGCGGACGGCGUGUUCCAACAUAUUGAUGUGCUGGAGCUGGACAAAGAGAACGAAUUCUCCGUCGGGCGCGUUCUGAAGGUUGGCGGUCGAUACACAUACAGCGAUUUGGAUGAUCUGAUCUUCAACCAUGUCAAGGCGAUGGCCAAGAAGGUGGACGAGAUGGUAGUACAUGAGAAGUUCCAGGAAGGCAGCAAGGAUGCCACCUACUCCUGGUUAGAAACCUACACCAAAGCCAACCCCAAGCGGUCGGCCUACUCCUUCUGCAUCGACACCAAGCACGCCGGCUAUUUCUUCCUCUGCUUCAAGGCCGGAGAAAAUUCCCAGCUGCAGAGCUGGCCCGUGAAAGUGAUUCCUCAGGGCUACGAACUGCAGCGCAACCCCUACCCCGACAUGCAGGCGCUCUGCAACGGAUUCAAGUUGAUGUUUACCAAUAUGCAGGCUGGUAGACGGAGGUAG